UGACCAAUGCAAGAUGGCGGCAGCUCCCACUGUGGAUAUUUGCUUCGUUGGCUCUGGAGUCGUUAAUUUUGGAGGGACGGAGAAUCCUUGGAAUCAUUCUAUAAGAUUGGAAAAGUUGGGAGGCAUACGAGUGGUUGCUAUAAUCGAUCCACUGACCGACAAAGCAGACGAAAUACUCCAAGAGAAGCUCGCUGGUAGCUCCUCCCACCUCUACAAGGGGUGCAAGGUUUAUGGAGAUAUUGCUACUGCAUUGAAAGAGAACAAUAAUAUCAAAGCUGCCUUUAUCGGUGUACCUCCGAUUCAUCAUGGCAGUUUCUCAGAAGGCAAUGAUGUCGAGUUGCAGCUUUUAAAUGGCGGGAUCAAUCUAUUUGUGGAGAAGCCUGUCUCUGUCAUUCCUCCAGAGCAAUUUAAUGAAUACGUUUCUGCAGUCACCAAGACAGCUGCUGAUAAGGAUUGUGUGGUUAGCGUGGGAUACAUGUUCCGCUAUCAUCCAGCCAUCAUCAGGAUAAAGGAGGAGAUUAAGAAAUAUGGCCGACCGCUUGUGGCCCUCAAUGCCCGCUACUCCUGCACUUGCUCGAAUUUAAAGAAGGUUUUUUGGUGGAACGCUGCGCUUUCUGGCGGCCCUAUAAUUGAACAAGCAACUCAUUUCUGUGACCUGGUGAGAUAUAUUGGAGGAGAAGUGGAGCUAGACUCAGUGAAAGGGUAUAAUGUUCCUUUUUCAGCUAAUCCAACUGAUACUGGAUUCUUGACUUCUAUACCAAAGGUUGUGCUAGAUGCUGAUAUCCCUGAAGAUAAAAUGGCACCGUGUGCCACACAGUGUGUCUGGAGGUUUAAGAAUGGCGGUAUAGGGACUCUAACGCAUACCCUGUUACUCCACGAUCAUCAAUAUGAGACUGGUAUUGAUAUGUGGUGUGAUGGGCUAUACAUAUCACUACUCAAUCCCUAUCUCCCUCAGUGUACGCUUAAAAUAAGGAAGAGUGGUUCAAUCGAGGAGUCUGUGGAGACGUUCCCUGGCGUUGAUACCUAUUUUGAGGAGAUUAGUGCUUUCAUGAGAGCAGUUUCAUCAAAAAGCGAAUAUGGUUUAAUUAGAUCGACUUACGAAGAUGCAGCGAAGACUUAUGAGCUCUCUUGGGCUAUAAGGAGAGCAACAACCCAACAAAAAUGAUUUGCAGAAUGCUAUAGGAGUGAAUGUUGAUAUGAAAUAUUUUUUAUAAUGAUUUUUGGAAUAAUAAAUCACCAAUUUUAUUGGGUUUAAUAAAUAAA